AUGGCCGCUGCCCAAUCUGAGUUUCAAGCUCAAUUCUUGCGUGUCCAGCAGAGGGAUAGACAAGCAUCGUCUUCUCACCGUGCCAGUCCUGGCUUAGGUCAUAACUCCAGCAGACCAUCUGUCUCUUCUGGACUUGCAGCUCCUGUUGUUGAGGAGAAGUCGCCACAAGAAUUAGAGUAUGAGGAGAUGUUCAAGCAUAUUCAAGGCCCUAUGCAAGAGGGUAGAUACGAAGAUGCUGUUGUCCGUUGGUUGCAGACUGGUAGAGAGCAAGAAUUCUUCGCAAGAUACUUCUGCAGGUUCUCUCCAAAGUUCAUCACUGAACUGAGCCCACUUUUGCUCCUCAGCCUUGGCGCUAUCAUCACUAUUGAGUUGACUGAUGAUCUUAUGAAUCAACGUCUUGCCUGGACUGAAACCAUCUUGAACUCCUUCCAGAUCAAGAUGGUCAGUGGAUAUCUUCGGAUCUGGUCCUCAAGAUUAUGA